AUGUCAACAAUAGCCCUGCGGCCGCAUAGCAGGUCAAUACUCCAACGAUCAGCAUACACCUGCCAACAGUGUCGCGCAAGCUCACCGAGAUGGCACUCUUCUGCUAAGAAGACGGGCGGAUUUGAGGCCCUGAGGAAGAAGCUUCCGUCCCUGGCCGAUGGAAAGCUGAGAGACCUACCGACCAAGCCUGCUAGGACACGCUUUGCUCCUUCACCAACCGGAUACCUCCAUCUAGGCUCAUUAAGAACCGCCUUGUUCAAUUGGCUCAUUGCGCGGGCCACGGGAGGACAGUUCAUCAUCCGUGUUGAAGAUACGGAUCGGACACGAAUCGUCGAGGAUGCCACAUCUCGUCUUCUUGCAGAUCUGAAAUGGGCAGAGCUCGACUGGGAUGAAGGUCCUGACGUCGGCGGCAAGUUCGGUCCUUACCAACAAUCACUACGGCUGGACCACUACAAACACAACAUCUCCCAGCUUCUCGAAAACGGCCACGCGUACCGCUGCUUCUGCUCGUCCCACGAUCUCGAGCGCCACAAGCAACAGUCCCUCGAGGGCGGCGGCACCGCCCACUACCCAGGAACCUGCCGCACCAUCCCCGUCCCCGAGGCCGAACGCCGCGCCGCCGCCGGCGAACCCCACGUCGUCCGCUUCAACGCCCAGGGCCGCCGCCCCUCCUUCGUCGACAGCGUCUACGGCAACUACCAGAAGAGCGAGGACGAGGACGACUUCAUCCUCAUCAAGACGGACGGCUACCCGACCUACCACUUCGCCAACGUCGUCGACGACCACCUCAUGAACAUCACCCACGUCAUCCGCGGCGCCGAGUGGCUCAUAUCCACGCCCAAGCACAUCGCCCUUUACGACGCCUUCAACUGGACCCCGCCCACCUUCGCCCACGCCGGCCUCCUCUGCGCCCAGAACGGCGAGAAGCUGAGCAAGCGCAACCACGACAUCGACAUCUCCUCCUACCGCGACAGGGGCGUCCUCCCCUCCGCCCUCAACAACUGGCUCGCCCUCCUGGGCUGGAGCAUGAGCGAGAAGGACCUGGCCAAGAAGGACGGCGAGGUCAUCUACACCACCCAGGCCCUCGCCGAGAAGUUCUCCCUCCGCUUCACAAAGGGCAACAUCAAGACGAACCCGGACAAGCUCGCCGUCAUCCAGCGCAAGCACCUCACCCACCGCCUGCGCGAGGACCCGGCCGACGAGGCCCUCCUCCGCCGCACCAUCGUCCCCGUCUCGACCAGGCUCCUCGCCUCCAUCUCCGACCUCCUCGCCGCCAAGAAGGAGGAGUACCUCACCAACCCAGCCAACCACCGCCACGCCUUCUCGACAACGGACUUCUCCGGCCUGACCCCCGUCCUCGCCGACCCGGCCACAGCGCCCGCCCACAUCCUGCGCGUCAACCGCGCCCUCGCCGCCGACUCCCCCGUUGACCCGCUCGACCUCAUCUACGAGCACCCCUCGCUCUUCUUCCGCCCCAGCGCGACCGCCUACGCGCGGCACACCUUCUCGCGCUCCCUCUCCAAGCUGGACGACCUCAAGGACUACGCCGGCGCUGCCGGCCCUGAGGCGCUGCUCGCGGACCUGCGCGCGUCGUUUGAGGCCGUGCCGGUCGCCGAGUGGGGCGCCGCGAAGCUGCAGCAGGUCAUCAACGAUUUCAGCGAGCGGCAUGCCACCGAGGUGACCAAGGACGACGGGACGACGAAGAGGGUCAAGGCGACAAAGGCGGCGUAUACGUUACUGAGGCUGGUCCUGACUGGCGAUCCCCUGAGGGGGGCCAAGCCGGCCAAGCUGCAGCUCGCGCUGCUCGGGAAAGAGGAGACCCUGCUGAGAUUUGACAUGUGUGCUGCUUAG